UUAGAUGAAAUAUUUUGCACAGGCUGAAAUUGUUAAGACUGUGCAAAUUUUGCACAGGAAAAUUGCCAUGUUUCUCUUGUCUUCAUCUGUGGCAGCCUGGAAAAAUCUAGGAAUUCCCAGACAGGGAUUCUGUUGCUUUCUAAAUGCAUUUUUUGGUGGAAGGAGGUUUGCAUUUGAAAAAUUACAGAUUGAAAUGUUUCUUCUUGUGCUUCUCUCCCCAGGCUUGCUUGCACAAUUAUCGCUGUAUCAGACCCAGCGGUUUCAAUUUGUGGGUAUUGGGGAGAAGGCGGAGAUAUCGUGCACGUCUACAGCUGAAAUAAAAGAUUAUGAACAUUCCUACAAUUGGUAUAAAAGACAAAAUGGUGAAUUUAUACCUUUAAUUGAGAAUUGUAUUGAUGAGAAAAGUGCAGAAAGAUACAGCUGCAGAACUGACGGAAGAAAAUUAAUAUUGGAAAUCCCCAAAGUCCAAAGGGAAGAUUCUGGCCUAUAUCUGUGUGCUCAAAAUAGGUACAGCAGCAUGCUUUUCAGCAAUGGAUCUUCACUGAUUGUUGGAGACAGUUACACCCCGAGCACCUGGGUGAUGCUUUUGCUCUCAUCUGCUCAUCCACCACCUGAGUUUGUGCAGAGCGACCAUCUCGCUUGCGUGGUCCAUGGAGCGUCCAACUUGGUCCAGGUAUCCUGGAGCAUCUCCGGAGAGCUCCAGCAAGAGGGACAGACGCUUUUGGCAAAAAACAGCAGCGGCUCCUUAACCUUCAUCAAUCUUCUUUCCGUCCCCAUGGUGGACUCACAGACGAGCGGGAAGCUGUACACCUGUGAAGUCAGGUUCAAUUCUUCCGGCAAGAGUGUGAAGAAGAGUGCCCCGUUCCCUGCAGCUUCCUCUGCAGACCCUCCUGGUUCUGUUGAUCAAUGCACAAGCUACGAAAUACCCCUGGUGGUCGUGGGCCUGCUGGCGAUGUUGCUGCUUCUCCUGAGCUUCCUUUGGAUCCGGCUCCACCCUUCUGGUCUAGGAUUCCAGCACAGGAUACCUGAACCUCCAGCCUUAGAGUCUGAGACACUACAGGAAGGCAUUUGCUACGCCCAUCUGGAUUUCCCUUCAAGAAGCCAGGAUGGAAAUAAGAAGAGGCGAGCUUCUCAAGGAAAACAUCUCAAGAUCUGAAGGACAUACGACACACUGGGAGACAGUCAAUGGGGAGAGAACUGCUGAAGAAGAAGAAGAAAAUCUUCAACAGGUGCUCCUGCGUUGUUUUUUAGAGAACCAGAGGGCAGAGCUGACGACCAAAGGGACAUAGAAACUGACAUUUUAGGGGGAUAGAAAGCCAGAGGCGUAACUAGGGAAAACGGCGCCCGGGGCAAGCACUGAAAUUGCGUCCCCUCCACCGCCCCCCCAACAUACAUCUGACUGACACACAUGUUUCAGAAAACUUUUAUUUUAAAAAUUUUAAAAAUUACAAAAAUUACCAAAAAUUUCAAAAUGCAAUACAUACUUAGGUUUUUCCUCACAACAACCCUGUGAAGUUGGCUUGUAUCUCAAACAUCAGAAUUAUGAUGCAAUGAUGAUACAUACUACAUUAUACCUAGGUUUUUCCUCACAACAACCCUGUGAAGUUGGCUUGUAUCGCAAACAUCAGAAUUAUGAUGCAAUGAUGAUUAUUAUGAUUAUGAUGCCCCUCCCUCACGCCCUGGUUCUGUUCCUGACUUUCCCUUGUGAGUGACUGUAUUUUAACAAAACGAAAACCAAGGACUCCAAAGUAAUUCGAGGGACUAGGGUGAUAGUGCUAAAGACUCCUUAUUCUUCCGCUGUUAAAGAAAGACUCCCCUUUUCCAAAACCGCGCGCUAUUUACACCAGAAAAGGUUUCAAAUGGAGGGGGAAGCAUUUAUGCAUUUAUGCUUUGUUUUAUGUUACGAUUUCAAAGUUAGAAAAACUAUAAAAGGGCCAUUUUAGAGAAGAUAUGCACUGCCUUAGUUGCAAAUCCUGCUUUUUUGAGAUUCCCUGCAAUUGAAUAAAGCAAUAAUAUACACCUUUGCUAUUUAAAUUGGUUGGAGAGUAUUUAUGACAAUAAAAAAUGAAAUGGCAUUUCAGAUGCAACAUUGGUUGCCUAAGACCACUCAGAUUUAACUAAUCUUCAUCACAUUGACAAA